AUGCGUAGAAAAUGGGCGAUUCCGGAUCGUCCUGUACACGUCUUCCUCUGCUGAUCGACUUUCUAUUACAGAAGACGUAUCAUGACUUGACAGUACUAUCAGAAUUAUUGGGCAGGAAAUCAGAUGUGGAAAGGAAGAUCGAAAUUGUAAAGUUUGCAAGCAAAACGAGACAGCAGUUUAUCAGUUUGUUGGCCGUGGUCAAAUGGGCGGCGUCUGCUGACAAAGUCGACAAAUGUCAGGAAAUUGCUCAACAACUUGAACGGAAAUCUUUUCUGUUUGUCGAUACUGCAGAUCAACUGUACAGACUGUCCCGUGAAGUCUUACCCAAUGCAAAAUUGCCUAACUUUGCCAUUCCUGCUGCUGCAGAAGUCUUAACAACCGGCAUGUACUCUCGCCUCCCAAUGUGCAUCAAGGAGAAAAUAAUUCCUCCUUCUCCUAUCACACCUGAACAAACUCUAGACAGUCUAAGUGAACUGGAUCACUUGAUACAACAAAGACUUGUUUCUACCAACGUUCCUAAACCACUUCAGAAUCUGCAAGUUGCUGAUGGCCGGGUGAAGUUCCAUGUUGAUGAUGAGUUUGAAGUUAUGCUUACAGUAAUGGCUGAUGAUGACACUAUUCCAUGGCGUCUUCUUGAGUUAAAAAUACUCGUGGAAGAUCUAGAUGUGGGAGAUCAAAAGCCUCUUGUUCAUCAAAUGCAGCUUAAGUUUCUUCAUCAGCUCAUCCAAUCACGACUUUUCACAGAUUCUGAUGAACUGUUGGAUAUGUACACUUGUCUGCAUGCUUUUUGUAUGUCUCUACAGCUAGAAGUUUUGCAUGCUCAGGGUCAGCGGCUUGUCAUUCAGAGGUGGGGAGAUGACGUGAAAGUGAAGGAUUACGAAUAUGGAAAGUCAUUUUCUGUGGAAUAUUGGGGUAUUUCUUCAUCAGCAGUCAAGUCAAGCUCAUCAGCAAACUCGGAAUGCAAGCUGACAAUUUAUGUUGAUGACACAGGCUCGGCGGCUGGCUUAAAAGUAAAACAUUCUCCACAACUGCCUCGUUAUGGUCAAUCGUCUCCAGUCACGCAGUCAACACCCACUCACGUGAGAGUUCAUAAUAAGUGUCUCUCCCUUGAACAGCUACUGCAUGACACUGUUGCAUCACGAUGUGCUGAUCAGCUGUUGUACCUUAAGCAGAAGCUGGAGACGUCGUGUCCUGGCCUAACAACUACAUUUAUGAUGGUUGAAUCAAGCUUGCUUGUUAUCAAGUGGAAGCCUCUCUAUCAAGAGUUAUGCAGUCUCACCAUUAGUGUCAGUUUACGAACAGGACGGUAUCAGGUAAAACUGACUGGAGAGGGGAUUGUGCUAACCGAACAGCAAACAGAAGUGGAUCUUAAUGGAUUAGAAGCUGUGCUCAAUGGUGAUAGCAAAGACUCUGUAAAGAAAGUGCUCAUGCAGCUCAGGUGUCAAUUGACAUUACUCUCAGAGAAAGAGGCAGUCAGUGAACAGUUUGUUAAUGUCAUUACUUCGUUGCCUGUUGUGAAUAUGAAAGGCCACAGUCUUGCUCAGAUUGGUCUUCAUCGACUGUUCUUUCAGUUGAGAAGCUAUCGUAGUUCUUGCAUUGUGGUUGAAGUUUGCAAUACUCAUGAUGACAGUUUCUGCUCACCAGUCCAAACCAGAUAUUACCUUUUGCAGAUCCAGCCAUGUCAACUGCCAUUUGACAAACAAACUGUCAUACUAAGUGGAGAAUCUCAAGAGGAAUGUCUUGGUGUCAGUUGGGAAGAGGCAUUGUUUUUCAAAGCAGGCAUGAUGAAAAGGCUCUGCCCAUUAGCAUCUGGUAUGAAAGAGGAUCAAAGUGAAAUCCAAGGGGAAUGUAUGUCUCCGCUACCACAACUGGUUGCGACUGUUGAUGAGUAUCUGCCGUUUGUCGCCCUGUGUGAAGAGCUAGCAGAGUAUGGCAUAACACACAGUGGCAUUGAAAAAGAGAGAUACGCUUUUCCUGUUAUCAGACUCACACAGAUACCAGUCAAGGACAGUGAAGGAGUUGUAUCUGCUUUGGAGGAUGCGCUGGAAAAUUGCGUUGUGAGAUAUCUUCCAGAGAAACCUGACACGUGGGUAUUUGAGGUAACAAUGGGCAGCUGUCCUCUCAAGGUCAAACAUAAGCAAGAACAAUGCCAUUAUGCUAUUUUCACUUACGAUGCAGAAGUGAUAACAGAGGGUGUCAAGCCUGUUUCCUGGUUUAUCUCACAGUGGCAAGCUGUUGCCAAACUUUAUGGUCCUGUGCUAGAGUUGGCAUGCUAUUUGCAAGAUAAGAGUGUGGACACUGCUGAUGUUUGUUCUGUUGAGGAGUAUGACUACAAAAAGUUGACAGUCUCGUAUGGGCCAGACAGACAAUUUAAAGUGUCUAUUUGGUGGGAUCAGGUAGCGGGAAUUUUUCAGUUGCAGUUUGGAAGUUGUCAUGGAAUUAAGAUGCCGAAUCCUCAUAAACGUGCUUCAGUUUAUUUGCAGAAAACAUUUAAUACAACCAAGUGUAUUCCAUUGCUAUUAAAGGGCCUACAUCAUACCCUUGUGACAUAUUUGGCAAUUGAUGCACUCUUGACUGAUAAACCACAACUAGGAGUCACCGCAGAGCAGAGUCAGAUGAUUCCUCAUAGAAAUUUUACAGUUCUUUUUCGCUCUCCAUCCCACUUCCUGCUUGUCUAUAGGAAGCAGUAUGCCAUUGAUGUGCAAUGUAAAACCAAUCAGCUAGUUGUUAUUCGAGAUGGUGCAUAUAGUCAGUUCGAUGCAACACGUGUCAUAGAUGGUUUGUCAACGAUUCAGUGCUUUAAAAGUUUCUUGCUUAACUUUACUGAGCUAUGUCAACUGCAGCAGGUUGCACUUGCUGUAUCUACUAAGUCUAGUAUGGAGUCACCCAUGCCACCACUAUCUUCUCGCAUUGUGACUCCAUCAGCAACCACUAUGCCAUUCUUUCCUACCCUUCCUGCUUCAUCACGAGGUGGUAGUAUUGGUGCGGAUUCCAGGCACUCAAGUCAAGCACCAAGUCCUCAAAAUGAUGAGCAGAAGGCACAGCAGAAUGACAAUGAAAAGGUGGAAACAAAUAAGGAGGCACCUGCCAUGUCCAUGGAAGGGACACAAGAGGAUACUUUGCAGAGACUUGUAGAAGAAAGCCCAGUUUCUUCUGUGGCCAGAGAAUUGACAGACAGUGAGCAAAAUUCUGAUCUAUCACUAACACCUGUAACUAAUGUGACAGGCAAUGCUAGUGAUGGCCCAUGUUCCAGCAUGAAUCCAGGUAAUCUGUUUGACUCAUCUUUAAAUCCAAUGACUUCACCAGUGCCACCUAGCACCGUAAUGGAUCCGUCUUUGAGUAGCUUCCAUGGUAUGUCCAGAGAUCUUUCAGAGAUGGUAGAUUUAACAGGCUCUCCUGGCUUUUUGCAUGGGCUUCCUUCAUCAUCAUCACCAGGCAGUAUGCUGCUUAGUGGACCUUCAGGUAUGUUUAUGUCGUCUGCCCAUUCACCUCAUACUGACUUAAUGAUGACAAUGACUAACCCAACAACUCCACUGGACAUUAUGGAUCCAUUAGGAAUGGGAGACAUGAUAGCAACAGGUGCAGAAACCCCAGAGUUGCCAACUCUAACUUGGGAUACAACACCACCUGUCAGUCAACCGGAAUUUUUUCAAGCAAUUGAGAUGUAUUCAAAUCCUGGGUACAAUGGGCAGACACUGGGAUCAAUGUCUAGCAAGAUGGUCAUCGAUUCAGAUGAAAUGGGAUUGGGUGUUAGCAGCUUGGAGGCUGUGACUGCUGAUGAAUCUGGGUAUGUUAUAAACACAACAAUGACCAUGGCACAGACUAUUGGUACAUUGACUGACCUUCCAUCAAUACCAAGCCUUGGAAGCAGUAUUGGCAUACAAACUGAUGAGUAUGCUAUGGACACUACAACAGGAGGUACUGAGUCUGCUGAUAAGAUUGAUGAUCAACCCACACCUGAUCUUACAAUGCUACCAUCUCUUCCUCCUCCAGAAGCAACUCCACCUGGUCCUACACCACCAUGUCCAGUUUCUCAACAGGCUGUAAUGUUCAUGUCACCUGGUGAUGGCGAAAGUUCAUUAGAUUCUCCAGCUAAUCAACAAGAAGAGGAGGAGGAAGAGUCUGAAGAAAAGCAAGAAACUCAACAUCAGACAAGGCAAAGAGAUCAGCCAGGAUCAUCUAUGCUGUUUCCUUCUCUCAAAAACUAUUUGGCACAACAGCAGAUGCAAACGGAGGGAUGGGCUGCAGCGUGUCCUGCACCAGUUCAUGAGGAUGUAUUUUACUCGUUAGUGAAACCAAGGGUCUUGACAAGCACAACAACAAGGGUUUUGAAGAAACCGUUCUAUACAGCAGACAAGACAUUUGAAGACAGCUUGCUAGUGUCUCCGCUGGAAUGUUUUCUUGGUUCUGUGUAUCUCAUGCAUCGUCUUACUCAGACUCUUUUGGAACUGGGCGUACCUGUUAACAUCAUCUCAAGUGACCAGAAUAGCAUUGUAUUUCAAAUUGGUAGUCUCAAUUGCACAGCUGAGGUCAAUACAGCCUCAAAUGAUUACAAUUUACAUCUAAAGUUGGUGCCAAGAGAAGAAACAGCCACGGAAAUUCUUGACAAUUCAACACUUCUUUGCUUAGGGAAGUUCUUCAGCUAUAAAGUUGCUUGUCCUCCUUACUCUGUGGAAACUCUAAAAGGUUUCUUGCGGCUACUAGGAACGCCACCAACUCUUCUCAAAGACUGCACCAAUAUUGUGGAGAUGGAGCUGAAUCCGCUGCCAUCAUACAAAUGGAAGGUUGAAGUAUGUCUCGUCGUUCCUCCCGGCUUCAGGGGUUUACCUCAGGGAACUGUUGCAGGGAGUUGUGGCGUCGUCUAUAUUAGAUCACGGCUUCUUCUGUUGAUACGUUUGGUCAGCACUCACACUGUCAAGCAAUCUAUUGUAUUACCUCUGUUGUAUAAUCCAACAUCUAAUGAAACACAGCUGGUGCCAACCAACAGACCAAUGGGGAGAACAUAUGAAGCUGCAGCUAGGCUUGUAACUGCAUUUCAAGAGCGGUCUAGACAACAAGGGUCUUCAGAAGCUCCUACAUUGUACAGAACCUUGAAGUCUUUAGUGGUAAAUUUAGAAAUAGCAGAUGACAUUGCAGCAAGGAGUUACUAGAAUUUGUACGAAAAGCAGCUGUAAGAAAUACACGCACUUAUGACCAACUACCCGCCUUUCUAGUUGCAGCAAUUGUGUUGCAUUAUAGAACAGAAAUGACUGCCUGUCUUGAAGUUGUACUGUACUGGUAUAUUUUUCGAGUGUUCUGGUAUGCUCUUCCUGUUGAGCAAUUACUUACUACUAAUUAUUUGUAAUCCAGUGUACUGACUAUCAGACAAACAAAUGGGAAUUUUAAAGGAGUGACAAGCAGUGUUAUUGAUUUGGCAUUGACCAAUUACAAACCUAUGGUGUUGUGUUUUGGAGCUAAAUCUGUUGUAGGUA